GCGCAGCCCACUUCCCUGUCAAAUUCCCCAAUUCCUCUUCCAAAUCCCUAGCUCUACCUCCAGGCGGGUCGUGGGCGCCCACCUUCGCCGGCGACGAGAUCUUUCGCAACUCCAAGCAGCCACCUGCGCUAUUACCCUGCCGCCGCCGCCAUCUUCGAUGUCUGGUCGGAGUGGCUACACCGACGAUGGCGGCGCGUCGAUGAUGUCCUGGCUUCGAGAUGACGAAGCAAGCUAUGCCAGUUCCCAGAGGAUCCCAAGUGAUUUGGAUGAGUAUGAAGAGGAGAGCAUUGAUCAGGACAACAAGGAGCACAUGGAGUAUUUGGAUUUGGAGUACCAGUACUUGGUGAAUAGAUUGCAAGAAGAUGAAGUUAUUUGCUUCUGCUGCGAGAAGAUGGCUGCUGAGAAGAUGCAACUUGAGAUAGACCUAGCAGGCCAAGAUGUUCAGCUUGAAGUGAUGGAUGAACAAGUUGCAGAGUUGAAGAAGAAGAUUGAAGUGCUUAAGGAAGAAUUAGAUGAGAAGAAUAGGCUACUUGUAAUCUCUGUUGUCAUUGCAUUCAUAUCUGUGAUGGUGUUUGCAUAGGCUUAAGUAUGUAUGGCCUGAACCAGAUGAGGAAAGAAUGUCAAAUUUUAAUGUUGUAUUUUGACUGAGCUAGUUGUUCAAUUUUGAAAUCUA